UCCUUUUUCUUUUAAUCGUAUUUGCUUGUGUACUUUUUAUUUUUUUUCUUCAGCAUUUUGUUUGUUCAUUGAAUGAGUGAAGUGUGGCAUUUGAGUGAUUGCUCAAGGAGAGUAAGAAUUGAAGUGUCAGUUGCAGAUAGGUUUUCAGGUUUCGGUUGAUCGCUGGUUUAAGCAUGGAGGCAAAAGAAGGGAUGAGUUCAGGAGUUAGGGUGGGAGGAGUUGAAGCUCCAUCGGCUUAUCAUGGGGCUCUGAAUGCCGAAAACCCUACCCGGGUUGCAGGAAUGCCUGUAGCAGACGUAUCAGCGACGUAUGUGGGAGUUGAUGGGGCUAGAGUGGUAAGAGCUGAAGCUCCAUCGGCUUAUCAUGGGGCUCCGAAGACCGAAGACCCUACCCAGGUUGCAGGAAUGCCUCCAGCAAAAGUAGCAGAGACGAAUGUGGGAGAUGAUGGGGCUACUGUGAAGAGGAAGCGGGGCAGACCAAGGAAAUAUGGCCCUGGCGGGACGGUGACAAUGGCAAUGUCACAAAUGCCAGGUUCACCACCUGCUUCGGGUACCGGUGUCAACUUAUCUUCGGGUGUAAGGGGAAGGGGAAGGGGGAGGGGGAGGGGGAGGGGAAGGGGGAGAGGGUGGGGGAGGGGACGGUCUGAUGGUUCAAAUGCCAAGCAGCGUGAGGCACCGGCAAUGGAAUCGGGUGGGGACUGGAGUGUAGUCGUGACUCCAUCUACAGAUUAUACGCCCCAUGUCAUCACUGCCGAACCUGGUGAGGAUCUUACAUUCAAGAUUAUAUCAGUAGCUGAACAAGGGCCAAGAGCCAUUUGGAUUAUAUCUGCAAACGGAGCAGUUUCCAAUGUUAGACUGCGUCGACCUGAUACUGAUGAGGGCAGUAUAACACUUGAGGGUGUAUUUGAGAUAGCUCAUUUAUCUGGAUCGUUUAUGUUCUACGACAAUCGAGGAACAAUGAGCGGCGGCUUGAGUGUCUCUCUGUCAGGUCCUAAUGGUUCUUGUAUAGGUGGAGCUGUUUGUGGAUCCUUGAUUGCUGCCGGUCAUGUCCAGGUUGUUGUUGGCAGUUUCGUACCUGGCAAGCCAGAUGUGUUACCAAAGGAGGUGACGAACCAAAACUCGGGUGAGCCACAUCCAAACCUCGGAUCUUCGCCUCCUGGCCAAAGUGAAAACCGGGCACCUGCUUCCUAGGAUAGUUAACUAGUUUGAUUUUCCUCCUGUUGCUGUUGUAAGCAAAGGGAUUUGUUAUGGGAAUAAUUGGAACCAAUAUGCCUAUUUAUUACUGGGUUUGUGAUGGUUUUCCUUCAACUUUUAUCUAGUCUAGAUUUUUAAGGUCUUUUGGUAAA